UACGCUUAGAGAAAAAGCGCACCGUUCUGCGAAAGCGACUAGUCGCUCUUGUAAUAGAAAGAAUCCAGACCGACGGAAAUUUAUCAAAAGUUUUUGCAUCUACUUAUUUAAAUAAAGUUCUUGAAUGUUUAUCAUUGGACGAAAUAUAUGGAAACGAUCGCCGAACGCUUGCUGCUUUACAAACAAUAAAGGGAUGUCUAAAAUAUUACCCAAAAGGAAUAAAAUGUAAAAAAUCGUUGAUUGAAAAAGUAUUAUUAUCUUUGAUAGACCACCAUAAUGUUGAUGUUGUUCAUCAAACUGGUAAAUGUUGGCUUUUGGUACAGAAUGUACCCGGUAAUUCUAGCAAUGAAAGUUUUAGUGAUAAAACAGUAUGGAAAGAUUUCCAGCUAUCAUUACUUAGUAAUCUUCAAUAUAUCAUUAACAGAAAAUUAGUGAUUACUGAAGAACGGAAAGAUUUCCCUUCUCAAGCAAAUAUCUUUGCGAUUUUUCCCUUUAAAGUGGGACAAUUUCCUUCUGAAAGGGUAUCGCAGUCUUUUCAACGAGUUUUUAAUCUUAUUGAAUAUUUAAAAAUUGCUUUAAGCGAACAAUUUGUAUUUAAAAAGUACAUAUGUUCACAUCAAAUCUUGGCUUUUAUACACAACGGACUGAAAGUAAACUCCAAACAAACAAAUAACUUUCGAAUUGAUCAUGUAUAUUUUGAAACCUUGUUACCCAAAAUGCACAUUAAAUUAUUGGAACUUUUGGAAAUUCUUAUCGAAAUAUGUUAUACACACCUCAGAAUGGACUUUCGGAUUGUUUUAAAUAUAAUAAUGGAUGCGCUCGAAAGGACAAAAUCAACGUUACCAGACGCAAACCGGAAUCAAGCAAUCAAUGUUCGCCUAAUACUGUACAGAGUAAUAUCGUUAUGGUGCUCUACCCUACAAGAAGGAAGCCACUGUGAAAUUAUUUCGGAGACUCUUGUUAAGGAAAUAUUGGACGACUUAGUUCCGCGAAAGGAAACUUUAUUAUCAUGCCGAGACGAAUCAAAUUUAAAGAACAAAUGCUCAGCGAAAAAUAUAUAUUCGAUGUUGGACGUGCACUUUGAUAAUAACAUGCUUCGAGCUCAAGCUCAUUUUUGCCUGCAACAAUUGUUAUUAUCGUCUGGUCAUUUACUUAAGAAGCAAAUUUUAAAGGACGUGCAUAACGCCUUAUUGGGAAUUUGCAUUAUAAUACAUUCAGAACCGACAACAAAAGAAUCUUUGCGGAACAUCUGGAGCUGUCGCUCGGAAGUUUACAAAACAUUUGGAUUUUUGUUGAAAUUGCGGAACUAUGGAUGUCCUACGCCCUUGGAAAUAAUUAUGAAUCUUUUAAAUGAAUCGCGUUCAUUUGUAAACAGCAAUGAACUACGGCAAAGUUAUAAUGUUUACGCUCCAGAACAUAUGGUUCAUCCUGACAAGACGGGUAUUCAAUUUAAGCAAGGGGUUGACAAUUUCAAGUUCUGCCAUACAAACAUUUGCGAUUCUGAAAAUUCGAAGUGUUUAUCGCUUAUAGACAUUGCUCAGUCAAAAAUUGACGAUAGUAAAGUGACGGCUAAUGAAAACAAUUUACAAAAUGCUAACAAUGUUGAUAACUCCCAGUUUAGUAAAAGCCAUCAUUUAAAUGAAAUAUCAACUAAAAUAGUUAGUAAUAACGCCUAUGAAAAACAUAUUAUUGGGCUUGAUAGGAAAUCAUUGAGUAGGGAUAAAUAUUUUAAAAUAGAAAAUGGAAAUAGCCCCAAAGAAUUUACUGAAAAGGACUUACUUAAAAAAUGUAACGAAAUGACGGGUUCCUACGACAGCUUAGCGGGUUUCGAUAACAAAAAUUGCAAUGGCAGUGAUAUAAAUCCAGGCCUUGCAUCAACCUAUUGCAGUGUUGAACAAUGUGUUAAACUGUUUCCUAUGGAUAAGGGAACAUCAGAUGAUGCUAAAAUGAUUGCAGACUUGGAAGCAAUAUUCGUUUGUGAACUUAAAUAAAAAACACUUCUUACAUUUGUUUUGUAUUCGCGCAAUUUUUCAAAUAAAACAUUUUUUUUUUAA